AUGGCGUGCGCACAGCUGUCCGGGCCUCUCGUGUGCGGCGGACCCCUUUUGUUGUUGGAUAAUGGAGGAAGCACCAUAAACAGCAAUGGGAAGUGGCCCGGGGGGGAUAUGGCAGGCGGAGGAUGGCUCGUUGUGCUUGACAAAAGAGCGCGCAGAGGAGGAGGAGGUGUAGAGGACAGUGGCUGUGUCAAAGCUGCUCUUAAUUAUAUCCAUAAUCACCCAUCCGUCGACCGGCCGACUACACAGGACCCCCGGGGGCGCCACAUUAUCCACAACCUGUACGGGAGUAGCACAACAUAUCACCUGCAAGCCUCACAGGCCACGUAG